AUGAGCAGCAGCAUAAACGAAAAGCGGUUGUGGGACUCUCUCACAUAAUCAUUCCAUCCACAUAUUUGAAAAAAGUAGUAAAAGAAAGAACAAAAUUAGCAAAUAUAAUCACAAAAAUUCAAAAAGCAGAAAGAGUGCUGAUAUAUGUAAUGGGAGGAAGGUAAAGGAAACAGAGGUGUCGCUUUUGCAAAUUUCUCAAGUUUUAUCAGAUUGGAUCUGAUGGGCUUGCCCCUGAUCUUCUGUAGAGUGAAUCUUGAGAUGGGUUUUUGGGGAUUUACUUUGUUUGGUGAUUUUGGUGCUUGAAUUCUUGGAUACCAAGGGUUGACGCACAACCUUGAAAGCGUGCGGUACAUUGGUUGCUAGCUAGAGGGCUCUCGUUGUUGUUCAUCUUUGUGAAAAUAAAGAAUAUGAAAUGGCCUCUCCGAGAUUAAUGGGAGAAGAAAUUAUCAACCAAGAGAUUGAGCCUAGGAGUGUUUCAAAACGCCUUGUACGAAGUAUGAGCCAGAAGUUGAAAAGGAAGAGCCAAAAGAAUGAAAGUUCUGAAGAUGAUGAGACGAGUGGCGUCUCUUUGAGAUGUCUUACCCUCUACGGCAGGGGAGGUGGGUGCAGAGUGAGUGCUGAUAUGGAUGAGGAGUCCGGGGAUCCGGGCAGUAGGAGGAGAUCGAGUGCGAGUGAGGAUGGGAAAGGCACGACGUGGGGGAAGGAUGAUGCCUCAGUUGAUUGCUUCUCCAUUGGAAUGGACAGAUUCUUCAGAAGGAACAACAACAGAAGGCUGUUGAAAUGCAGCGUAGUCGAGCAAAGCAAUAGCAUGAACGCACGCCUUCCUGAUGACGUUCUCGAAAUGUGCUUGGUGAGGCUCCCGUUGGCUAGUCUUGUGAACGCUCGUCUCGUGUGCAAGAAAUGGAGGAACUUGACUGCAACAGCCCGGUUCAUGCAGAUCAGGCGGGAGGGCUCAUUUCUGAGCUCGUGGUUGUUUGUCUUUGGCCUCGUGAAGAAUGGCUAUUGCUCCGGUGAGAUACACGCGUUGGAUGUCUCUCAGAAUCAAUGGCAUAAGAUAGAUUCCCAGAUUCUCAAGGGGAGGUUCUUCUUCUCGGUGGCUAGCAUCCACGAUGAUGUCUACGUAGUCGGGGGUUGCUCUAGCUUGACUAACUUGGGGAGGGUGGACCGGAGCUCGUUCAAGACGCAUAAGGGAGUCUUGGUGUUCAGCCCGUUGACAAAGUCGUGGCGUAAAGCCACAGCCAUGAAGCAUGCGAGAUCAUCUCCCGUUUUAGGAAUCUCGGAGGUGAGCCAAGAUUACUUCCUCUCUAGAAAUCAACAGAGUCGGGCAGAGAAGCGUCUUCACCGCUCGAGAGCAGGUGGUGCGACGGAUGUCUAUGAGGAUCCUCAUAGACUCUCGGUCAGACGGCAAUCUAGGCACUCUCUCGAUGAGAACGAGGUCUCGUUGUCCGAUACCAUCAAGCUGACCAGGCAAAAACACGAGGGCUCGGGCUCGUCCAACAGAGGCGGUGGUAGGAAGUUUGUGAUGAUCGCGGUCGGAGGCCUCGGAUCUUGGGACGAAGCCCUUGACUCCGGCGAGAUCUACGACCCCGUAUCGAACAAAUGGACGGAUAUCCAGCGGAUGCCUCUGGAUUUCGGCGUGGCCUGCUCCGGCGUGGUGUGCGAUGCCGUGUUCUACGUCUACUCCGAGAGCGACAAGCUCGUCGGAUACGACGUGGACAGGGGGUACUGGAUCCGGAUCCAGACGGUCUCGAGCCCGCCCCGCGUGCAUGAGUACCUCCCGAAGCUCGUCUCCUGCAAGGGCCGCCUGCUCAUGCUCUCCGUGUCGUGGUGCGAGGGAGAUGGCCAGAUCGGCCGGAGGAAUAAAGCGGUGAGGAAGCUCUGGGAGCUCGACCUCGCGCAUCUCAAGUGGGAGCAAGUGUCGACGCACCCCGAUGCGCCCAUGGACUGGAACGCUGCGUUCGUGGCUGACGAAGAAGACGACGUCGUUUUUGGUGUCGAGAUGUUCAAGAUUUUCGGACAGGUAAUAGACUUCGUGACUGUUUUUGAUGCUGCAUCAACAUCGGGUUGGAAUCACAUUUCUAGAAAUCAUAAUGUUGCACACGAUUUGGAUGCAUCUUCUUGCAUGACCAAGUCUAUGACACUGCUGCGCUUGUAAAUGAAUGAUUUAGACAGACUUCCAUUGUUUGAUCUCAAUCUGAUAUCUCUCUUUUUUCGCUUUGGUUGAUCAAUCAAAGCAUGUUGUUGACAUUACUUUUUCUUCAAUAUGUUUUUGUAUGAUAUGCUCCAUUGACCUCUGCAAAUACAUACAACUCUAUUUCAUCA